AUGGUUGCAAGGUUGUCAAUUUGUCUGAAUACCAUGAAUGGGGAUUCACUCUACUCAGACUCAGUUUUUGAUGACAUGUUUAACACUAUUCACAUAGAUGAAAAGUGGUUUUACAUGACAAAAGGCAACCAGAAGUAUUAUAUACUCCCAUCCGAACUGAGGCCAUAUCGAUCAUGUAAGAGCAAAAGAUUUAUUCAGAAAGUUAUGUUCUUCGCAGCUAUUGCAAGACCACGGUUCAACUCAAGUGGUGAAUGUACAUUUGAUGGAAAAUUGGGUAAUUUCCCAUUUGUGAGGCGGGUGCCAGCAAAGAGAAACUCAAGAAAGAAAAGAUCGGGUACACUAGAACUCAAACCUAUCAUGCCAAUCACAAAAGAAGCAUAUAGGAAAAUGCUUAUAGAAAGACUCCUUCCAGCAAUAGUCCAAAAGUGGCCUAGUGAUGAUCGAAAACCCAUAUAUAUUCAACAAGAUAACGCAAGACCACAUAUCCAAGCUGAUGAAUUUUGUUGGUUUCAAGCAGUUCAAGCAUCUAAUAGAGAUAUUAGGUUAGUUUGCCAACCUCCUAAUAGUCCUGAUUCAAAUGUUCUUGACUUGGGGUUUUUUCGAGCAAUUCAAGCAUUAAAAGACCAAACUUCACCAAGAAACUGUCAAGAACUUGUUAAGAAUGUCAAAGAUGCAUACAAUGACUUUUGUCCAAAAAAAGGAAACAAAGUUUUUUUGAGUCUUCAACUCCUCAUGAUAGAAAUCAUGAAAGUGAAAGGAAGCAACAGGUAUGAACAGAGGCAUGUUGGCAAGACAGCAUUAGAGAGGCAAAGAAUACUACCAUUAGUGUUCUCUCCUUCCCCUGAACUCAUACAAGAAUGUUUUCUUUAUCUGGAAGCACUACAAUUUGUUGGGACCGAGUGA